CUUACCGACACUUUUAGGCGUCGGUCAGCUUGUGAGGGGUAGGUAGGGAUUAGCCAGAAGUAGACAGAGAAGGAUUACCUUAGUCUGGCGUUUCCUCAUAUUCUAAAAAACAUAUAAGUCUUCCAGGAUGUCCUCUAACCUGGUAGUAUAGUCCCUUCUUGUUAUCCAUUAAGUCAAAGCCUAUACUUUUCAAGCCAAAGCAAAAUGGACACCCACAACGAGAGAGUUCAUCAAGUCUCACAAAAAGUUAAAGCCUUUUACGAAACCAAACAACCCUUCUCCAUCUACCAUGGCUCAACAAACAGCACGCGAGCCUCAAACAAGACAAAACAUAACACCGUCGACAUCAGCCAUCUGAACAAAGUGCCCGCUGUAAACCGAGAAACGAAGACUGUCAUUGUCGAACCAAAUGUCCCUAUGGACGUUCUCGUUGGCGCAACCCUACCUCAUGGUCUUAUCCCACCAGUCGUGAUGGAGUUCCCGGGUAUAACAGCUGGAGGUGGAUACUCGGGGACAUCGGGUGAAAGCAGCUCGUAUGAAUAUGGAUUCUUUGAGAGGACGGUGAAUUGGGUUGAGAUUAUUCUCGGGAAUGGGGAGGUAGUGCGUGCUUCGGCUGAUGAGAAUGAGGAUUUGUUUUAUGGUGCUGGCUCCUGUUUUGGGACGUUGGGAAUAACCACUUUACUGGAGAUCAGACUUAUUGAAGUCCCGCCUAGCCCCGUUGUGGAACUGACGUACUUUCCUUUUUCAAAUGGUGUGCAACAGGGGGUCAAGCUCAUUCAGGACCUCAGCUCAAACAGUUCAUACAAAUACAUCGAUGGCAUCGUCUUCAGCAAAACCGCCGGCGUUAUCUGCGCUGGAAAAAUAUCAUCAGCCGAGAAAACCCCCUAUCAACUUCGGACAUUCAGCCGUCCAACAGAUCCCUGGUUCUACAUGCGUGUUGAAGCCGCCGCUCGCGCUUCAAACUGGGGCCAGGAAAGCCCAAUCACAGACGCCGUCCCGCUUGUCGAUUACUUCUUCCGGUAUGAUCGUGGCGGAUUCUGGGUUGGUAAAUACGCGUUCGAGUACCUCCUCCUCCCGCAGACAAAGUUUAUGAGAUGGGUAAUGGACGGGAUAACGCAUACACGAACACUUUACCACGCUACACAUAAGAGUGGUUUAUUUCGUGAAUAUACCAUCCAGGACGUUGCAGUUCCGUAUGCAGGCGCGAGGGAUCUGAUGGAAUUUGUGGAUUCAUCGUUUGGGCAGUAUCCUAUCUGGCUGUGUCCUGUGCGGCAGACGUUCCCGAAUACACCAGCCCAGGUGGAGCAGCAACAAGUAAAGAUGCUCUCUGAACGAGACAAUAUCCAGGAAAAGCUGCUUAACUUCGGCAUCUGGGGUCCCGGCCCCAAAGGCAAAGGACCCUUCCUCACCUUCAAUCGUAGCCUUGAGAGUCUCGUUCACAAGCUAGGUGGUAAGAAGUGGUUAUAUGCGCGGACGUACUACACAGAAGAGGAAUUCUGGAAAAUCUACGAUAAGGAGAAGUUGGAUUCGCUGAGGGAGAAAUAUCAUGCGACUAAUUUGCCGGAUAUAUAUCAGAAGGUGAAGCCGAUGGUGGAGGAUAGUGUGGGAGGAAGUGGGAGUGAAAGUGCGAGUUUAGGCAAGGGAAGAAAGUCUUGGGGGGAGUGGUUGGCAGAGAGGGUUUGGCAUCAGUGGCCUUUGGGUGGGUUGUAUGGGCUUUAUCAUUUAUUGUGGAAUAGGGAUUAUUUGUUGCAAUAGACAGGUCUUUCAUAGAAACUUUAAGCCAUUAAUUUAUUUCAUUCUCAACAGCAGGCAA